UACAUGUGUACAAAAAGCUAUUUUUCAUAUUUUUCAUUUCACCAGAAGAUGGCAGUAGCCCUGUGGCCGCACUCUGGCCGCCGUGACCCUUGACCUUGCGUGAUCGUUUCAGCCCAGCCCAUUUCUAACAUGGCGUCUGUAAACAAAAAAAGGAAAGUUGACCGCGAGGGAAGCCGCUUCCAGGACAAGUGGAAAUUUGAGUAUUUUUUCACUGAAAUACGAAACAACUGUGUCUGCCUAAUUUGCCAAGAGACUGUGGCUGUUUUCAAGGAAUUCAACAUCAAGAGGCACUACCAGACGAAACAUGCUAGCUACGACAAGCUAACUGGGAACAAACGCGGUGGAAAAAGUGAAGCAACUGGAAGCUGUUUUAACGGCACAGCAAAGCUUUUUCACAAGAGUCCGUGAGUCAAAUGAAAAUGCCACAAAGGCAAGCUACGAAGUGGCAACGCUGAUUGCAAAGCACUGCAAACCUUUCACUGAGGGUGAAUUUAUUAAAGACUGUGUAAUGAAAAUGGUUGAGAAAAUUUGUCCCGCGAAGAAGCAAGAGUUUGCCAAUAUUUGCCUGGCUCGUAAUACUGUGGUACGGAGAAUUGAAGACGUUUCAUUAGAUAUUAAGAGACAGUUAGAGGCAAAAGGAACUGAGUUUGACUUUUUCUCGUUAGCGUGCGAUGAAAGCACGGAUGCGUCCGACACCGCUCAGUUAUUGAUCUUUUUAAGAGGAGUGAACAAUGACAUGAACGUGAGUGAAGAGCUUCUGGACCUCCAGAGUCUGAAGGGCCAAACAAGAGGAACGGAUUUAUUUGUUCCACCGUAGAUGACAUGAAACUACAGUGGAAUAAAGUCACCGGGAUUAUUACGGACGGCGCACCUGCCAUGGCUGGCGAGCGGAGUGGAUUAUCAAGCCUUGUCUGUAACAAAGUCAGCGAAGAAGGAGGCAGCGCUAUUAAACUCCACUGUAUUAUUCAUCAAGAAGUUCUCUGUGCCAAAUAUAUGAAAUAUGAUAAUGUUAUGAAACCGGUGAUAAAGACUAUUAAUUAUAUUCGCUCCAAAGCGCUAUGCCACCGCCAGUUUCAACAGUUUCUUCUCGACAUCCAGGCUGAAUACGGAGAUGUUUUGUAUCACACCGACGUAAGGUGGCUCAGUUGGGGGUCUGCGCUGCAGCGCUUCUUCUCUCUCAGGGAGGAAAUUGGACAAUUCUUGACUAAAAAGGGACAACCCAUGCCACAAUUAAAUGAUCCUGUUUGGCUGGCUGAUUUGGGAUUUUUAGUUGACAUAACGCGACAUCUGAAUGCGCUGAACACAAGCCUUCAAGGGCAAAAUGCAGUGGUAAGCCAACUGUAUUCACACAUCAAAGCCUUUCGGACCAAGCUGCUACUUUUCCAAAGACACCUGUCACAGGCGCAGCCCAAUACCGCACAUUUCCCGUCGCUGCAGGAAAUUGUGACCAGUUUCCCACAGAUCAAUAUCAGUGCGCAAAUGACAAAGUAUGCAGCAGACAUCUCAUCUCUGGUUGAGGAGUUUCAGCAGCGCUUUCGGGACUUUGCAGCUAUUAAAAAGGAGAUCACGCUUUUUUCCUCUCCUUUCUCCGUGGACCCUGAUGACGCUCCAGACCACCUGCAACUGGAGCUCAUUGAGCUGCAGUGUGACGCCGAGCAUCGCAGUCGGCACCAACAGCUCCCUCUUGUCAACUUCUACCGCCAGCUGGAUGAAGGCAGGUUCCAAGCAAUUCGGACAUUUGCUAAGAAAAUGCUGAGCUUGUUUGGCUCCACAUACAUGUGCGAGAAGACAUUCUCCGUUAUGAACAUUAACAAGAGCCGCAUGAGGACGAGACUGAGUGACUCUCACCUGCGUGACGUCUUGCGCAUCAAAACCACUGCUCUUGAGCCAGACAUGGACUACAUACUGCAGUCAAGAUCCCAGUAUCACCCUUCACAUUUGUGCAGGCAAGACCUUUGUUAAGUCCUCUGAGUUUAAUAAAUUCUCAAAUCUCAGUUAAUUAAUUUUUUUGUGAUGGUCAAAAUCACAGUUUGAAAAUGCAGUGAUCAUUGUUUUGUUUUCAGCACUUUUCCUACAGUGAGCAUAUAAUAGUGAAUAAUAUGUAAUGUUUCACAUUAACUUAGAUAUCCUUUAUAGUUUUCUUAAUUUUUUGUGGUUUGUGAUUUCGGUAAAAACCUAAAUGUAAAAAAAAAUGUAAAAGUAAAAGUAUGCCAUUUGUAAUUAAAUUAAAAAAAAUCCCAAAAAGUUAAUUUGUAUUUAAUGUUAAUGGUUCAAAGAAUGUCAGGCUAAAUAGUCGGCCCCCACACAUUUUCACCUUACCAAAUCUGGCCCUCUUUGCAAAAAGUUUGGACACCCCUGCUUUAGUGGCAUUAGUGCCAGACGGGGAGUGUUCUGCCCCAAGUGUUUAAUAUGUUAAGAAGAUCGAUUUUAUUAGAAAAGAUCUGUUUGUGUUGUUAAUUUUGCGAGUGCAUUGCUGAGCUUUUAUUUUGAAACUGUAGAAUACAGGAAGUAGGAAGCGCUGAGCAGAGCGAAAAACGUUAAAAAGCAUGUCAAACAGUUGAAAGAUGUAGCACGUUGAAAUCAGCUUAUUCCUGUGCAUGAAUCCGUCAGAAAGCAAUGGCUUUUCACUCCAUUUUCAUUGUGUCACCCGACUUAACCUGUUAAGAAGUCAUUAAAGGAGCAAGCACGCUGACUUCCUGGCUCUUGAAAAGGAGUUUGGCUGGCUGUUUAUUCAUGUUAGCACUUUGGAAGUAAAACACAUGAAGAGAACAGUACACUGUGAAUGAUAUGUUACUCUUGGUGGAUUACGUGUCACGCGCCUUCAACCAACGCAUUUACCUUAGCGGUCCGAUUAAGCUUUACCACCUCAUUGACCACCACCACCAGCAGAAGGGACAGAGAGACCAGCAGCCAGCUGAGCAGAGCAGACCCUCACAAUACGUUUGGCCCUGCCACAUUGGAUCGGCAUCUUCCCCCACCAUCAGAGCCAACUCACCACCAGGUGAUGAUCAGUUGACCGCUCCGCCCCUCUCUUCAUCCAAGUGUCUAAGACAUGCGGUCGCGACCUCGGGUGUCCUGGUGCAAAGUGCAUAUGUGGACACUCUUAUGCCUGAACAUGGUGUUCGUUAUGGACAAUCCGCGAUGAGCACAGAAGUCAUGUAAAUAUACCUCCCCUUUUGCCAAAAUUGAAUUAAAGUACAGAAUCAGUUAAUGUAGAAAGAGGUGGGUGGAAGGAGUUCCCUGGGCUCCCAAAAUCUCCAUGAGAACGCACCAUCACCACUCAGCAUGACAACCAAAUUGUGAUUAGUGUCUCAUGCAUUGAUAAAGAAGGCCACUAGAUAGCUGUAAGAACUAAAGUGUGGAAAGUGUGGGACACAUUGACAAUCAACACAUAACAUGUACAUCACGGUAAUAUAAUGUACUUUCAUUUGUGGCCAAGCAACGGCAUCAAUAUUUUCCUCAAUGUGCUGCUACAGGGUUAUUCACUAACUUUUGAACUAGUAGCACUGGUGGGACCAACUUAUUGAGUUUUGUUGAACAAUUUUUUGAAGAGGUACAGCAUGACCAUGAAAUAGUAGAGCAAGGGGACUCGAGAUAUAUUUGCAAAAUGUUGCGGAUUGGGAAGGAAGCCACGGCUCAUGUGAGGGAAAACCCCAAGCUGUCUGUGAAGACCAAGAUGGCAGUCUACGAUGCUCUACGCCAGUGAGAGAUGGACUUCCUAUCCCAAGCAAGAGAGGAAAUUGCACACGUUUCACAUGCGUAGCCUCCGGUGCAUCCUGGGAAUCUCCUGGCAGGACAAAGUGACCAAGGACGAGAUCCUGUCUCGCAGCGGUCGAACCAGCAUAUAUACACUUUCCUCCGACAGCUAGGCCACGUCCACCAAAUGCAACAUGGGCCCUACCCCUAAUACAAACCGCACAGCGAGUUGGUUGCCGGGGCCAGAGCACCACCUCGAACACAGCUACACUACUGAGACGUCAUCAAGAGGGAGGGUUAGAGACCUGGGAGAGCCUGGCAGACGAACGCUCAAAGUGGAGAAAGGCUCUGAUGGAGGGUACUGCAGAGAAGUGAGCCCAUAGAAUGGAGCGCAUCAAUUCCAACAGACCAGCGCCAUCCUUCACGUGACCUUUGCUAAAGAGUCACAGACGAUGUGGUUCCACUAAUAAAUAGGAUGUAACCAAUUAUCAACUCUGACCGACAGAGCGCUCUGAUUUACAAGCAAAAAAAACUAAUGUGUUUCUGAAAAAUCAUGCAUCCAUAAAUGAGUACGACUGCAAAUAUUACACACCAAUUUAAUGAUUGUUUGUUUUUCAAUACAAUUCUCUCGAAAAGAGUCUGGGGGAUUUAACUUUGCACAUAAGGAUCUUCUCAUGUCUGUGCUAUAACAGGGUUAAAUCGAUGGAUGUUUUUUAGGGAGGACAUUGUUUGUUAGCUUUCCUAGCUUAAAAAAAAAUAUUAAAAUCUUUGCAUGACAUAAAAACAACAAGCAAAUUGGGCAGGCAAUCUCUUUCCAGUCCGCAAUGUAGCCCCUCCAACGCACGCGAACACACACAUAUACACACUUUUUCUUUCAGUUUGUCCCAUUAGGGGUCGCUACAGCGAGUUAUCUUUUUGCAUGUGCACCUAUCUCCUGCAUCUACCGCUCUAACACCAACUGCAAAACCACAUUGGUGACAAAAAACACCAGGUCAAAGGUUGUUUAAAGUUUACUGAACAACAUUUGCACAAGAUAGUUAAAUAAUAUAGUCUGCUCUGAGAGGAAAAUUUAACUCUUUGGAUAGCAUAACGCACACCACAUUUGGAGCAGAAAUGGCACUUCACAUCACCCUGAAAAUAUCAUACAACAGUGAAGUUUGGAGGUGGGAACUGGAUGAUAAUUUUUCAGCAAAUGGUAGUGAUAAACAUUAUUGAAGGAAUGAUGAAUGGGCAAAUGGCUCAGCCAAUCACCUGACUUGAAUCCAAUUGAAAAUAUAUGGAAAUAUACUCAGGUUCAUAAAAAAAAGAACACAAAACGUUCCAAGUUUUGAAUUCUACUUGUGUGGAGGAAUGGGGCAAAAAUCACACCACAGAGCAUGUGACUAGUUUCUCCAUCUCGGAGGUGCCAUGAACUGGUCAUGACAAAGGCUUUUGUAAAAUGUAUAAAGUAAAUACUAGUAGGCCUGUUCAAUACAUUUUCCCUUCAUUUAACAUCCAUCCAUCCAUUUUCUUAGCCGCUUAUCGUCAUGAGGGUCGCGGCAGUGCUGGAGCCUAUCCCAGCUGUCAACGGUCAGGAGACGGGGUACACCCUGAACUGGGUGCCAGCCAAUCGCAGGGCAAAUAGACACAAACAGCCACACUCCUAAUCACAACUCAGGGCAAUUUAGAGUGUCCAAUUAAUGUUGCAUGUUUUUUGGAUGUGGGAGGAAACCGGAGAAAACCUAUGUAGGCACGGGGAGAACAUGCAAACGCCACACAGGGAGGGCUGGGAUUGAACCAGAGACCUCAAAACUGCGAGGCAAAUGCUUUCCAGCUGAUCCACAGUGCCACCCCAUUUAACAUGAUUGAUUGAGUUAAUUUUUUUCCCCUUCUUUCUCUGUAUGUGUGGGUUACUUUGGUUGUUCCCAACACCAAGUUGAAUUUUCAUGUCAAUAGCAUCUUG